AUGUACCCUAAAAAGAUUAAUAGAACCUUACACGUUGGGAAGCAUAUUCAAAAAGAAGAAUCUGUCAAAACUCUCAUAAUUGAUAAAUUGGUUUAAGAUUAUGGAAGAAAAAAUUAAUUGAAUGUGAAUGUAACUUAUUUCUCUCAAAACAUUAGUUAAUUAUGGCAUAUGUAGAUGACUUUUUUGUAUGUUACAAGGCGAGUGAAGGAGCUGUGAGAGCACUCAAAGAAGAAAUUAAGGAAGCCAUCUUAAGACCAGAGAAUGAAAAGCAAUUAAUGAUACAGCGAUUACAUUAGCGAAUGUCUAGUAUAAUUGAAAAUUAUUGAAAUAGGAAAGCAAAAGGAAGAACAGUUAAAAACAUUGACAAAUCCAAAGGUUAGGGCAUCAUUGCCAGAUAAGCUAGAGUAGGAAACUAAUUUCUUUAGAUUGCAAAAUAAAACAGAAAACAAUUCACAAAUCAAAUUGGGCAAUACUCUGCCAGUUGAUGUAUUGGAGGAAAGAAGGAAAUCAAUUUACAAGGUCGACGGUUCUGUGGAUGAAUGGGCUGCCAUAAUUAAAUACGAUACUUAAUAAUUUUAGAAAGAAUUAGAAGAAUAGAAGAGAUUGCUGUUGUUUAAUCAAUAAAAAAUAAAAGAGGAAUUGGAUAGACAGGUAGCAGAAAAAGAAUAACGAAAAUAAAAAGAAAAGAAGGAUGAAUAAAAUUAUUAUGCUACAAGUCAAUAAUAAUUGAUGGAGUUUGAAAAACAAUAGGAAUUACUUAAGGAAAGCAAAAAGUAAUAAUUAUUACAAGAGAAAUUCAUUCGAGAUUAAUAAGUGUAUGUUGACAAAAGAAAGAAGUAAUCAUUUUAUAUGAGAUAGAAAAGAGUAGAAUUUAAACACUAAAUAAUAUGAGGAAGAGAUGCUUGCCAAAGUGAAGGAAGAAUUGAAAGCAGAAGAUUAACAGUAGAAACGAAAGAGACUUGAAUAAAAGGAGAAAUUCUAAUAGAUUUUAAAGCAGAAUGAAAAUUUAAGGAAGAAAGUAAAGUGUAUUUGAAAUAUAGGCAAAAGAAGAAAUUAUACAAAGCAAGGAACAAGAAAAGGUGUUACAAGAAUAAUCAGCUUUAAAAGAACAGCUCGAAAAUGAGAGAAAAGAAAAGUUCAAGAAAGAUAAAGAAGAGAAGAUUAAAUAAUUGAUGAAUAAUUAUAGUGAGUUUGUAAUGAAAAAUAAAAAGGAUAAUAAAUAAUUAGAAGACUCAUAAGGGGAAUUCUGGGCAAAAAAGAUUAGUGAACAUAGUGCUUUCUUAGACUUUAAGAGCACUACAAAUAAAAAAGAAUAAUAACUUUAAAUAUCCUAAGAUCUUUAGUAAUAAAUACUAGAAAAAAAACGAAGGUAUACUCUAGAAGUAACUGAAAAAAAGUAACUAUUUGAGUAAUAACUCCAAGAAUAAAAAGCUUUGAAAAAAUAGGAUGAAGAAAGAAGAAAUGUAUUUAAUUUUAUAAUUUUAAUAGAAUAUUCGAUAAAUGUAUAUUCAAAAUGCAGAAGAACUUAAAAAAUAAAUGACAAAAGGAUAUUUGAGUUAAUCUCCUAAAAGAAAAUAAAGUCCCAAUGAAAGAAUGGUGGGAUAUGAAUUACUUUAAAAUAAGAAAUUACUUAAAAAAAUAGCAAAUGAUAAUUCUAUUGGAAUAUCUAUAACAAAAUAAGAGAUAUCUAUACCUGAAUGA